AUAUUAAGAUUUGUAAGACAAAACAAUCGCGGUCGUAGUCCUUGUAUAUUAUAUAAAGGACCAAAACCAAGCUAAAGACAUUAUUAAUUCAAUAUAAUGAUAUCCAAUGUAAAAAGGAUGGGUCUACCACUACUGACCACUUAUAUAUGAGAAAAGCAGUAAAUUCUAAGAGGCUAACCACAUUCUGUGUCUAAAUUUGUCAUUACAGCAAAGAGGUGAAUUGAUCAUAACAAUGGCCAUCAACCUUCCCGGAAAUUCCUCAUUCACGGCGCCGGGAAGAGGCAGAGAUGAAAUUUACGUGGCCACGAUGCCUCUACGGGCAACCAAGGGACCUGCUCAAUUACUCAUGUCUGCUGCCUAUUCUCUCAACUUGUGGCAUCUUCAACAUUUCAUGCUCAUCAUCAAACCAUCCAUCACUUCUGCCUCUCCUCUUUCAAACUCCCAGGGGUUAGUGUUUGAUUUUCAGCCUCAGGAUCCUGAAAACAUAUAUGUGGCUCUGGCUGCCUUAUCUGGUAGAGCUAUCCCAGGAAAUAUUUUGGUAAGAAAAAUUAGCAAGAUUCCUAAGAAAAAGUGUUGGUACAUUGGUUCAUCCAAGUUAUCAAAUGCUGUAGAAGCUGCCUAUAACUUCAACAGCAGCUGGCAAACUGAUUUACGCAUUGGCCACCAUGAUUGUCGUCACUAUACCAAUGGACUGGCUGAAAUGUUGAUUGGAGAGAAAAAUGUACUGGACAACCUUCAGGAGAAUCAACAGGGGAUGGAUUACUAGAUGAUGCCGUGUCUCAUGUAUAUUUUCAUAUUAAUAACAAGCUCUUUAGGCCAUGUCUGGCUACAAAAGAAACUACCUUGCUCGCCUGUGAACGGGGUUGUUGGUCAUAUGAGACAUCGCACCAGAACGGGGUUUAGCAUAAAUUCACACGGACAGCUUAUAGUUGCUAAGACUAGCUACUUACCAUCUAGCUGAUUUUGUGGCAUAAUUUUGACAUAAUAAUAUACAGUAUACGACUCACUGAGGCUUGCAUUCAUUUUGAGAACUAUUUUAUAUAUUGCCAACAUUGAGCUUGUGAAUUGGGUUGUUGGUCAAAGUCCAACAUUGAGCACACCGCGUUUGCAGCUUGAGCUUGUGAGCUUUAGUCAAAAUCCAACAUUGAGCACACAACUCUUCAAGCUGGGCGUAGUACAAGACUCACUGAGUACAGCUCAAGCUAAGUCAAUUUAUGCUCAACAUGCAUCAUCAUCAUUCAUUAUAAAAAUUAUGAUGUCUUUUGUUAGAUUUGUGGUUCAAUUUCCAGCAAAAGAGAAAAGAUGUAAAAACGAACCUUCAAGGUGUGCUGUAUAAUGGUGUAAUAAAUUCAUGCUUCAAGCGUUGUCCUAA